GCGCCAGAAUCGCAGGCAGAGCGCCCAGCCCCGCCUGGGGGCGUCGCUGCCAGGCAGUCGCCCCGCCCCCUCACGGCCGCCUCCGGCUUCCCAUUUCUACUCCAGCUCCGGGAAGGAGCUUUCACUUCGGUUUCUGGCUGGAGGACGCAGGUUGCGUCUGUCUCUAGAAGACUCCAAGAGAGUAGGCACUGCCAUGGCCCCUGUGCUUAGCAAGGACGCGGCGGACAUCGAGAGCAUCCUGGCUUUAAAUCCUCGAAUACAGACUCAUGCAACUCUACGUUCUACUUCAGCCAAAAAAUUAGACAAGAAGCAUUGGAAAAGAAACCCUGAUAAGAACUGCUUUAAUUGUGAGAAGCUAGAGAAUAAUUUUGAUGACAUCAAGCACACGACUCUUGGUGAGCGAGGGGCUCUUCGAGAAGCAAUGAGAUGCUUGAAAUGUGCAGAUGCUCCCUGUCAGAAGAGCUGCCCAACUAAUCUGGACAUCAAAUCAUUCAUCACAAGUAUCACAAACAAGAACUAUUAUGGAGCUGCUAAGAUGAUUUUUUCUGACAACCCACUUGGUCUGACUUGUGGAAUGGUAUGUCCAACCUCUGACCUUUGUGUAGGUGGAUGCAAUUUAUAUGCUACUGAAGAGGGACCGAUCAAUAUUGGUGGAUUGCAGCAGUUUGCUACUGAGGUGUUCAAAGCAAUGAAUAUCCCACAAAUCAGAAAUCCUUCUCUACCUCCCCCAGAAAAAAUGCCUGAAGCCUAUUCUGCAAAGAUUGCUCUUUUUGGUGGUGGGCCUGCAAGUAUAAGUUGUGCUUCCUUUUUGGCUCGAUUAGGCUACUCUGACAUCACUAUAUUUGAAAAACAAGAAUAUGUUGGUGGUUUAAGUACUUCUGAAAUCCCUCAGUUCCGGCUGCCAUAUGAUGUUGUGGAUUUUGAGAUUGAGCUUAUGAAGGACCUUGGUGUAAAGAUAAUUUGUGGUAAAAGCCUUUCAGUGAAUGAAAUGACUCUUAGCACUUUGAAGGAAGAAGGCUACAAAGCCGCUUUCAUUGGAAUUGGUCUGCCAGAACCAAAUAAAGACCGCAUCUUUGAAGGCCUGACACAGGACCAGGGAUUUUACACAUCUAAAGACUUUUUGCCACUUGUAGCUAAAGGCAGUAAACCAGGAAUGUGCACCUGUCACUCUCCAUUGCCAUCGAUACAGGGAGCCGUGAUUGUACUCGGAGCCGGAGACACUGCCUUUGACUGUGCAACAUCCGCUUUACGUUGUGGAGCCCGGCGCGUGUUCAUCGUCUUCAGAAAAGGCUUUGUUAAUAUAAGAGCUGUCCCAGAGGAGAUGGAGCUUGCUAAGGAAGAAAAGUGUGAAUUUUUGCCUUUUCUUUCCCCGCGGAAAGUUAUAGUAAAAGGUGGGAGAAUUGUUGCUAUGCAAUUUGUUCGGACAGAGCAAGAUGAAACUGGAAACUGGAAUGAAGAUGAAGAUCAGAUAGUCCAUCUGAAAGCUGACGUGGUCAUCAGUGCCUUUGGUUCAGUGCUGAGUGAUCCUAAAGGUCUCAGUGAUUUUCUAAACCAACCCACACUCUUGGUUUGUAAGAAAUUUAAAGCAUUUUCUAAUAAUUUUUAUGAUGUGAAAAUAAAACCUAAAAGAGGUUUUGAGGCAGCUUAUUCGACCUUACAGUCUCACCAGGAAGCUAAUGGGAAAGCCUUGCAGCAAUCUUCACAGGAAAGUUUCCAAAUGUCAAGUGUCAUCUUUCCAGCUUCACAAUAUGGAGCUUCAGUUUCUGCCAAGCCUGAACUACCCCUCUUUUGCACUCCUAUUGAUCUGGUGGACAUUAGUGUGGAAAUGGCUGGAUUGAAGUUUACAAAUCCUUUCGGUCUUGCUAGUGCAACUCCAGCUACCAGCGCAUCAAUGAUUCGAAGAGCAUUCGAAGCUGGAUGGGGUUUUGCUGUGACCAAAACUUUUGCCCUUGAUAAGGACAUUGUGACUAAUGUUUCACCCAGAAUCAUCCGAGGGACCACCUCUGGCCCCAUGUAUGGCCCUGGACAAAGCUCUUUCCUGAAUAUUGAGCUCAUCAGUGAGAAAACGGCUGCAUAUUGGUGUCAAAGUGUCACCGAACUAAAGGCUGACUUUCCAGACAAUAUUGUAAUUGCCAGCAUCAUGUGCAGUUACAACAAAAAUGACUGGAUGGAGCUCUCCAAAAUGGCUGAGGUGUGGGAAAAUGGUGUACAGAUCUUGGUGACAUUUACAAAAGAUCCAGAGCUGGUGCGGAACAUCUGUCGCUGGGUUAGGCAAGCUGUUCAGGUUCCUUUUUUUGCCAAGUUGACCCCAAAUGUCACUGAUAUCGUAAGCAUCGCAAGAGCUGCAAAGGAAGGUGGUGCCGACGGUGUUACAGCCACCAACACUGUCUCAGGUCUGAUGGGAUUAAAUGCUGAUAGCACACCCUGGCCGGCAGUGGGCGUUGGAAAGCGGACCACAUAUGGUGGAGUGUCUGGGACAGCUAUCAGACCCAUUGCUUUGAGAGCCGUCACCUCCAUUGCUCGUGCUUUGCCUGGAUUUCCCAUUUUAGCCACUGGUGGAAUUGAUUCAGCUGAAAGUGGUCUCCAGUUUCUCCACAGUGGUGCUUCAGUCCUACAGGUAUGCAGUGCUAUUCAGAAUCAGGAUUUCACUGUAAUCAACGACUACUGCACUGGCCUUAAAGCACUUCUUUAUCUGAAAAACAUUGAAGAACUGCAAGACUGGGAUGGUCAGAGUCCAGCCACCGUGCGUCACCAGAAAGGGAAACCAGUUUCACAGAUCGCGGAACUCACCGGAAAGAAACUGCCAAGUUUUGGACCUUAUCUUGAGCAGCGCAAGAAAAUCAUAGCAGAGAACAAGAUUAAACUAAAGGAGCAAAAUGUAGCUUUUUCACCACUUGAGAGAAACUACUUUAUUCCCCAAAAGCCUAUUCCUGCAAUCAAGGAUGUAAUUGGGAAAGCGCUGAAGUACCUUGGAACAUUUGGUGAACUUAGCACCGUAGAGCAAGUUGUGGCCCUGAUCGAUGAAGAAAUGUGUAUCAACUGUGGUAAAUGCUACAUGACCUGCAAUGACUCUGGCUACCAGGCUAUACAAUUUGAUCCAGAAACCCACCUGCCCACCGUUACUGACACUUGUACAGGCUGUACUCUGUGUCUCAGUGUCUGCCCUAUUAUCGACUGCAUCAAAAUGGUUUCCAGGACAACACCUUAUGAACCAAAGAGAGGCUUACCCUUAGCUGUGAAUCCGGUGUGUUAAGGUGAUUUGUGAAACAGUGGCUGUGAACUUUGAUGCCACCUACAUAUGCUGAUCUUUUCUAAUUGUGACCAUUAUUUUUGGCUUUCUAGAUUAAAGAGUAUAUAAUUUCAAAAUAAAUUUCUAAAUAAAAAUACAUGAUUUCUAAAUAAAUAAAUGUAUAGUGCCAAUGAUCAUUCAAUUAGUGGUCAUAAAUGUAGUAAUUCUUUUCUGAGGACAGUUGUUAAAUAAUUGUGUA